AUGGAAUCGCCUAAACGGGUCCCAAGCGGAUCACGGCAUACAUACCGAGGACAUCGUCGAGAGUCUUAUUACCCGAUCGACAAUGCAGAACUAGUUGAGCUACGCGCCAGACAAAGGACUUUUGACGGUGCAUACGCUAGAACGUCGUUAGGCACGCUUGGGUCUACUAUCGUCUUUUUGAAACUUUUCGACCGAAGAUUCUACCGAAUUGGUCUGCUUUAUUGCAUCCUUACUGCCUUGUUGGCUCUAACAACGGUUGUCCGGCGGAAGCACUCUCGACAUGACUUCUCCGAUAAAUACAGAGGCAUCGGAGGACGAGGGGAUGGUACCGGUGAUGAUGAUCGUCUGACCCUGGAGGGGGGAGGAGACCCGGUACCAGUGCGGAUAUUUGGUAGACCUUUUGUGACUGCUGGACGGAUCGUAAUUAUCAUUAGCCUUCUUGUGGUAACGAUCCAAGUGACACUUUUAGCAUUCAUUUUCGAAUUACCGCAUCGCGAUGCGUAA